GACCAAAACCAACCAAACCAACCGAACGAACGAACGAACCCCCGCCUUGAAACCUCCCCUCCGUCUCCGAUCCCCCACCGUCGCCAUCGCCAUCUCCGCCUCCUCCGCCAUUGAUAAAACCCAGCCGCGCCUCCACCCCACUCCACCACCACCGCUCCUCCUCCUCCACCCCCGCUCGAUCGAGGCAGAGGGGCGAUUGAUAUCGGAAUGGCGUCGUCCACCACCGCCUCGUCGCGAAUGGGCGGCCUCGGGCUGGGGAUCGGCGGGAUCGGCCUCGGCCUCCUCGUCCCGGCCGACGCGGCGGAUGAGCGCGCGCGGGAGAUGGGGAGGGAGGCCGGGGCGGAGGCGGCGCGCGCCGUCCUCAGGCUCACCGGCGCCGUGCAGCACUACGAGUGGGGCCGCCGCCGCCGCGCCCGCGGGGAGGAGGGGUCCCUCGUGGCGCGCCUCGCCUGCGGCGGCGGUGGGGAGGAGGAGGAGGAGGAUGGCGACGGCGACGACGGCAGGCCGUACGCGGAGCUGUGGAUGGGGACGCACCCGUCGGCGCCGUCGUCGCUGGCGGCGUCGGGGGAGUCGCUCCGGGAGUGGCUGGCGCGGCGGGGCCCCGCGGCGCUCCUCGGCCGGGCCGUCGCGGCGCGCUGGGGCGGGGACCUGCCGUUCCUGUUCAAGGUGCUGUCCGUCGCCAAGGCGCUCUCCAUCCAGGCGCACCCGGACAGGGACCUCGCCAGGGCGCUCCACGCGCUGCGGCCAUCCACGUACCGCGACGACAACCACAAGCCCGAGAUGGCCGUCGCCGUCACCGAGUUCCGCGCCCUCUGCGGCUUCAUCGGCGUCCAGGAGCUGAAGGAUGUCUUGAGGACUGUACCUGAGGUUCGAGAGUUAGUUGGCAAAGAAGAGGCAGCAAAGCUUUUGGCUGCCAAAGAGCUUGAUGGAGGCAUUGGUGUAAAGUCGCAUCUGCAAUCAGCUUUUACCAAGUUAAUGACAGCAAGCGAAGAAACAGUUUCUGAAGCAGUUUCAAAGCUAAAGAGUCGCCUGAAUAUUGAGAGUAAGGUUAGAACCCUGACAAAGAAGGAGCAGCUAGUGUUAUCGCUGGAGAUGCAGUUCCCAGAAGAUGUUGGUGUCUUAUCAGCAUUUUUCUUUAACUAUGUCAAGCUCAACCCUGGCGAAGCACUUUAUAUUGGUGCUAAUGAACCACAUGCAUACCUCUCCGGAGAGUGUGUCGAAUGUAUGGCCACAUCAGACAAUGUAGUUCGUGCUGGUCUUACCCCUAAAUACAAAGAUGUUCAAACUCUUUGCUCAAUGCUGACAUACAAGCAGAACUUCCCAGAAAUUCUGCGAGGUGAUCCUAUACAAGCACAUGUAACACGCUACACACCCCCAUCUGAAGAGUUUGAAGUCGAUCGCUGCCUGCUACCCCAAGGUGAAUCGGUCACCAUGUCACCGGUACCUGGCCCAUCCAUCUUCCUUGUCAUGACAGGGGAAGGCGAGAUAAGGGCAGAUUCUAUGCUUGAUGAAGGAAAGGCAAAGGUGGGCGAUGUUUUCUUUGUGCCGGCGCACACCGAGGUCAGGAUCUUUGGUUCUGGUCCUGGGUGCAUGCAGCUGUACAGGGCUGGGGUGAACAGCAGAUUCUUCAGCUGACGUCGGUCACCCGGCAAAUCAAAAGGGUUUAAAAAAAAGGUUAUUAUUUGAGUAGGCAAGAGGUGUCUUACUGUCAUCCUUUCAUUUAUCCCAUAAAAGUAGCUUAAGCUAUCAUAGUAUAUAGGCAAAUGGAGAUAAGUCUCUCUUUCAUUCCUCAAUCCUGUUUAUUUUUUUCCGAUUUGUAAUUUAAAGUACGCUGGUAGCCAAUGAAAUCGAUAUGUAGAUGAGCUUCUAGUUUCAAUUAUUCAUUCUUGUAUAUGUGAGAAAUCGAUCUGUAGAUGAGCUUCUAGUUUCAAUUAUUUAUUCAUUACAUGUGAGAAUUGAAGUUCUCUUUUGGAGCUUGGGAUAUUAAAUAGAAUAACUACUGUGAUUUC